AGGUUUUAAACAGGGUUUAUAUUGCCUUUACGGCUCACAGCGGCAUGUGACGCUGUAGCCAUGGAAACAGUAACAGUCUUUGCAAAGUAGUGUGUGCAAAAUGACAUCGAUACAGAAAGAUAUCUUUAAAUGUGUGCUGUCUGGUGACUUAGAGGGUAUUAAGGAGCAUCUUGAACGCGAGGGUGUCACAGAGGAGUCCCAGGACAUAGAUGUGUGCGGAAUGAAGGACGAGGUAGGGAGAAAUGCCCUGUUAACGGGCUGCAUGCUGGGGAGGAGCGCCAUCGUCCGAGAGCUGGUCAGACACGGAGCCCAGGUCGACCAGCAGACUGUCAGAGGUUAUUCCUCGCUGCACCUGGCUGCUUGUUGGGGCCACCUGGAGACAGUGAGGACUCUGCUUGAACUGGGAGCUGACACACAGGCCAAGACCUUCAGAGGGGACAGGCCUGUAGACCUGGCCAGGAAAUACUCCAGGACAGACUGUGCCGACUGUCUCGUCCUGGCCGAAGCUAAACAGGACUUGGUGUCAUAUGUAGCCUUUGUUAAAGACCUCAUCUCUGACCCAGAGAGGAACCUUACAAAGGAGGAAAAGAACGUCUGUACGCGUACAUGCUCUGCCAAGUCAGACUGGAUUCAGAGUGUCAAAAACGCAACAGUCUCCGAUUUCAUAGCCCACAGGAAAGACAUAGAGGACACUCUUCAACCUAUUCUCAGCAAACUGUCAACUCACUCAGCUACGGUGCCUGUCCAACCAGCAGGAAAGUUCUAAAGCAGAGGAAGAUCUUUGCAACGUCAGGUUUCCAAUAAAUGUCGGAAAAAUGUAAA